AUGCAGCCAGAACAGGGACGAAAUCUGCACCCUGGCAAUGCUUUAAAUGACAUGGGGGCACUACAGAGAAUGAUCAGGGAAAUGAUGGAGCCUGAAGCCAGAAGAGGAGAGAGGCCCACCUACAAAAAUCCUUAUCCAGCCUACAUUGAUCAGAUACCUCUAUCACCAAGUUUCGAGAUCCCAAACUUCACUUUGUUCAACAGAGAGGACCCCCAUGCUUCAUCAGUUGAGCAUAUAGGCAGAUUUUCUGUCCAGUGCAUAGCCAUAGAGAAUAACCCUCUGUCAAAGCUAAGGCUUUUUGAAAAUUCUCUCUCUGGACAAGCUUUCACCUGGUACACCAGUCUACCAGCCAACUCUGUCCAAACUUGGGAGCAGAUGGAAAACGUUUUUCAUGACUACUAUUUCAGGAUCCAGCUAGAAAUCACCAUCAGUGAUCUUGCUUCCCUCAAACAGAGUGAAGAUGAACCUGCUCAAGACUUCAUAACCAAGUUCAGAAAACUCAAGAUGAAAUGCCGAAUCCCUAUGGAAGAAAGACACUUUAUCCAGAUGGGCCAAGCUGCCCUUAAAAUCUCUAUGAGAAAAAGAUUUGAUAGGAUACUAUUUGGAGACCUGGCAGAACUGGUAGAUAAAGCAUCUAAAUAUGAGGAGCUGCUUAGGGAAGAACAACAUAAGAGGAACGCUUCCAAAGGCACGUACUACAAGACUCCUUCCUCUUCAGUCCAUCUGGUUGAGGUAGAAUCAGAAGAAGAUACAGAAGCCUCAAAGAGAAGAGGAAUUGCAGUAGCAGAGAUGGCAAAAUUGAAGCAUCCCAUAAGUUGUAAGGCUCUUACAAAGCCACCAAAGGACCAAAAACCGCCACCAUUCAUAGGAGGAUUUGUUCCAAACAAACCAACACAGAACAAGGUCUAUUCCUUUGAUUUGACGAAGGUGGAUGCUUUGUUUGAUGAAAUGCUACUACAAAAGGCAAUAGAGACCCCUCACUGGUUGCCCAAGCCAGAAGAACUCAAGGGCAGACAACAUUGCAGGUGGCACAACUCUUGGAACCAUUCCACCAAUAGUUGUGUUGUUUUCAGGGAUGUCAUAUAG